AAGGGUUGCUUACGUUCGGUUCGCAUUUCUCUUCUCUCUUAUAUAAUAUUCUCUUGUACGGAUCCUUAAGUUUUUUUCCACCUCAAUCAAUUCUAUGCAUUGUUUUUUUUUUGGUACAAAAAUUCUCAAACUUAACUCUAACUUUUAACUAAAUUUUUUUUAACAACAACAAAAAAUUUAUACAACAAUAUUAACAAAAAACAACGGCGCGCAGUUCAACAAGAGCAUAAAAAAGUGUUAAAAAAAUAUUGAAAAUAAUAAAAGAAAUCGCAUGUUUGUGUGUGUGUGUGUUCGUUGAAAAAACGUGUGCAUAACGGUACAAGCAUAUAUUGAAUUGUACGCGACAUUUGUUUAAAACUAUUGCAUUUUGGCUACAAAAAUCUAACUGCUAAGCAAAAUCUAUAAAUUACUUACUUGCUUUCGUAUACUUUCCGGCGUACGCCUCGACUAGAACGCCAACAAACGCCACGCCACAAAAUAGCCGCAAAUUGGGUGGCUCUAAAGUGCAAAGUAGAACGUAGCGCGGCUGACAACUGAAUCACGGAUUAAAAAUCAAUACACAGUCGAAGAAAAGUUUUACGAAAAACGCAUAAAAAACACACACGAAAACAACAACAAAAACACAAGUGCAACACAACGCAAGCGAAAACUAUAAACAAAAGCAAUCAAUGGCAACAGCACGCAUUUGUGCUUAAAAGGCAACAACAACGGCGACAAGCAGUUGAAACUUGUAAGCGCCAUGGUAGGCGUGCUAUAUUUACCUAGCAUAGAAGAGCACACAUACAUAUGUAUGGCAUAGAAAAUAAACUUUAAAAAGCAAACUUACAAAGCAAUUCGGCAUAUUUAUGCAUUAACAACAACAACGAGCAAAAAUAAGCAAUAAACACAACAACCGUUAUUGUUGAGAAACAGUAAAAAACUAAAAGCGUAAAGAUUACAAGAAAAAAUUGAAGAAAAAAUUUAAUCAAAAAAAAGUUUAAAUAAAAAAUUUUAAUGAAUUAAAAAAAAAAUUAAAAUAUAAAUUAAAAAAAAAUAACAACAAACAUCGCAUGACAGCAACAGCGUGGCAGCUCGAAAAACUUGGCAUGCCAGCGAAAAUGUGCAGCAAACAGCACUUAAAAUCCAAAUAAAAGUGGCAUACAACCAGCUGCAGCAACAUCUAAUGUUUAACCCUUAGUUGACCAAAACUCUAAGAUUUCGUCGGGCAAACUAUAUAUAUACAUAUACUAAAACUCGUAUAAAUGUAAAUAUAUUUAACAAGAAAAAAGAAAAAAACUUCGAACUAUUUAAGAAUUCCACACAAACAAUGUCUAGUGUUUAUUUACAAUAGCCGCAACAACAACAACAAUAGCACCAAAAGCUCAACUUUACUAAACACACUUAGCUCGCACGAAAUAUCUAACAACUUUACUGCAAACUACUGGAUUUCACGCAAAAAUACGAAAAACAAUAAUAAUAAAAUUUAAAAAAAUUUCACGCCUCAAACCCUCAAACCCCGCUCCGCCAACUCAGUUCGUCAUCAUUUGCCACUAGCAAUUUUUCUUUAGUACCAAAAUCACACCCGCCACGCUACCAUGCCACGCUGCUUAAUGGCGAAGAAAUGGAAAGCUUAUCCAUGGCUCGAACGCAUCGAGGAUAAUACGAUGGCUGUGGCGGCGAAUGACAGCGACAAAACACAAGCGACCGUUAUAAGUCACGAAUUGCUGCACAAACGUAGCGUUGCGGCAGCAUCACCCAGUCCACAGCAGCAGCAGCAGCAACAACAACAACAAACGCAGUACAAUAGAAGAUCAUCGAAGUCGCGGCGCUCCACCAUCGAUGAUGAUGAGGAGAUCGAUGUAGUGGGUGAUAAUGCGCACGCUUUGGCCACAGCCAGCACUGAACUGGUGGAUAAUAGUAAAGUUGUAACAACUGCUGCAAGCAAUACAGCGACUGGCGCUAACGGUGCCACACCUACGGCUACGUGCUGGGGUCCUUCGUCGCCAACAGCGGGCGCUACAGCGCCGAGUCCACCACCACAUUCACCAGAGGCGGCAACGCGCGGUGCAACGGCGUUGUAUAACGGUUUCGGCCAUGAAGCUUCGCCCAUGCACUAUACAGCGUACCUGCCACGAAUGGAAAAUGGUGAAGUUACUGUAAUUACAAAUGCCGUUGCGGCAGCGGCGGCUGCUGCAGCUGCUGCUGCUGGCGCCACUGGACAUCACAGCCUACCAACGCUACCGCACGCGCAUCCCUAUUCGUCAUUUGUGCACACGCCGCCGCCUUCGACCGCCUCCUCGCCUUCAGCAUCGCCAACAAGUCACAGCAGCGCGAUGACAGCGUCCAGCAGUCAAAACCACAACAACAACAGCAGCAGCAGCAUUAGCAGUAGCAGUAGUCACAGCAGUGAACGCCUUAGUCCGCCCAUGAUACGCAUCAAAACCGAAGCGCCAAGCGAUGAGCAUAUACAAAAACAUCACCACAACAACAACAACAAAGUAACUAGCGAGUCCAGCGUAUUGCGCAAUAAAUCGUUGGCAAUGUGUUUCACCAGCACUGGUGCUGCGUUGUCGCUGCCACCCAAAAAGAAAGACAUCUACCGUCCAUAUUCGCUGGACGACAGGCCGAGCGUCGAGCGUUUACGUACGCCUUACGAGAGUUUGCGCAUACCAGCGGAAGAGGAUCUGCAUGCCGCACACGCCAUACUCGAUUUGAGUGCUUCCACAGCCUUCCAUCCGCCAAUACAGCCACACCAACUACAACAGUCGCAACAAGCGCAACCGCUGCAACUGCAACAAACAGCGGCGCCGCCACCAGCGUCACACCAACAGUUGCAUCACCACCAGCAACAUCCGUUGCAUCAAAUCACGCACGCCAUACAAUUGCAACAGCAGCAGGAGACAGCUACCACCGUAGCAGCGAGCUUGCAACACACGGGCGCAUCUAUAGCGGAUUUGGCGGCCGCUGCUUGCGUGGCCAACGAACAGCGCCCGCGUAGCACUGCUUCGUUGCAUAGUGUUUUUAGCGCUAGCGAUAGCGAUCGACAGCCGAGUUCGCCGGCCAGCAGUGUGCAGAAUGAGAACAGUAAUACCACAAAUCAACUAACGGCGCUGCAGUCGCCAACAUCGGCGAAUGGCGCCAACAAAACCGUCGCCUACACCUACGAAGCCUUCUUUGUUAGCGACGGCCGUUCGAAGCGUAAACAUGUGGUUGACGCGGCGGCUGUGGUACAACAAGAUCAGCAGCGCGCCAAGUACACAUGCACCGAAUGUGGCAAGCAGUAUGCCACAUCGAGUAAUCUCUCGCGUCACAAGCAGACACAUCGCUCGCUUGACUCGCAAUCGGCCAAAAAGUGUCACACCUGCGGCAAGGCGUACGUUUCCAUGCCCGCCCUAGCCAUGCACUUGCUCACGCACAAACUCUCGCACAGUUGCGAUGUCUGCGGCAAGCUCUUCUCGCGUCCCUGGCUACUGCAGGGUCAUCUACGCUCGCACACCGGUGAAAAGCCCUAUGGCUGCGCGCACUGUGGCAAAGCCUUUGCGGAUCGUUCCAAUUUGCGUGCACACAUGCAAACGCAUUCGAUCGAUAAGAAUUUCGAGUGUAAACGCUGUCACAAGACAUUCGCGCUCAAGUCGUACCUCAACAAGCAUCUCGAGUCGGCAUGCCUCAAGGACGAGGCGGACAUGCAAUUCGAUAGUGACUUGAGCAAUGAUAUGGUCUCACCAUCGCCAUCCGUCGAAGACUAUCCGCUAACGCCGACAGCACAACAGCAACAACAACUACAGCAGCAACAGCGUCGCUACAUCUGCUCGUCGCCAACGCCGUCGGCAGUAAAGAUUGGCAGCAUCAGCGCGCUAACGAUACCAAUGCCCGCGACGUCGGCGACGGUGGCGACAUUGGCCGUCGGCGCUAUGGUGAAGGUGGAGGCGCCUUUCGUUGGCUAAAAUCAACAUGCACUUGCUAGCUAGCAGCAUGCAGCGGAGUGUUUGGCUGAGCAAACAGUCGGCAGAGUAAGCAGCGUUAAGUGGCCCUUUGGUGCAAUUGUAAGUAAUAUUUAAGCGCAAGCAGGUAGUUAACGAGUGGAGAACUUUUAACAUAGUUGAAGUGCAAAAGUUACGGUUUUGUUGCAAGCAUACCAAUGCACACACUACAUACACGCAUAUUUUGUGUAUGUGUGUGUGUGUGCGUGACUUAUUGACGCGUGAACAACGCUUUGUUGCUUAAACCCCAGUGUAUAUUAACCCUUAAGUGGGGCAGAAAUUACCAGUGACAGUAUGAUUAAUAUUAAAAUUAUUUAUUUUUGUCGAAAAAAAAAAAUAAAAUAUUUUGUGAGAAAUUUCAGUAUUUAAUAUUUGAUAUUAAUACAAAUAUUUUUCUAAUUGAAAAAAUUACAAAAAAAGUGUUUUAUAUUCAGUUCUAAGAUUUCAAAUAAAUCUUUUUUAUUUUUAUGAAAAUAAUAAUUUUUUAUUAGAAAAAAAAUUAACUUAUAUAAAAAAACGCAGAAAUAAUUAAUUUACUUAAAAAUUAAAUUAAUUUAAUUAUUUGGAUACAAAAAUUUAAGUCUUUGUUAUUUGAAUUAAAAGUUAAAAAUAUAUAAACUGGCUUAAAUUAAAAAUUGAAUAAAAUUUAAUUGAGUAAUUUAAAAAAUUAAGAAAAAAAAUUAACUAAAAAAAGGAAAUUAAUAUAAAAA